AUGGAAAUGAAGGAGAUGGAGAAAAGAAAAGAAGAUGAAUUUAAAUUAAAACAGGCAGAACUGGAAAUGAAGGAAAGGUUAGAAAUGGAGAAAAAAGAAAAAGAAGAUGAAUUUAAAUUAAAAGAACUUGAAAUGAGGGAAAGGCUAGAGAUGGAGAAACUGAAAAUUGAAAUGGUCAAAGAAGAAAGCAACACUAAAGUUCACUCCAAAACAGAUUAUUUUGAUGCAGCAAAAAACAUACGUUUGGUUCCAAAAUUUUGUGAAAAAACAGUUGUUAAAUAUUUUCCACAGUUUGAGAAAAUUGCUAACAAUUUGAAAUGGCCUAUGCCGUAUUGGACUACGAUGCUGCAAAGUGUUUUUGAGGGUAAGGCAGCUGAAAUAUACUCCGCACUUCCAUCAGAAAAAAGUUCUGAUUAUGACACUGUGAAACAGGAAGUUUUGAAAGCCUAUGAGCUAGUACCAGAAGCAUAUAGACAGAAAUUUAGAUCUUAUAAAAAGUUUGAUUCGCAAACCUAUGUGGAAUUUGCUCAAUUAAAAACACAUUUAGACGACAAAACUGUUGAGUCAAUACAUGAUGCAGCUGUUAUAUCAGAUAAUUAUACUCUUUCACAUAAAAGAAGUUUCAAGGGUCAAAAUUAUAAUACUUCCAGUGGAAAUUACAAAAAUCAAAGCACUGAGCAUACUAUUAGUAAGCCUGUUCCACAGAAUAAGAGUCAGUCCAGUUAUAAUAUGUCUAGUUCAAAAUUUGAUACUUUUGAGAAGAAGUCACUGACUUGUGCUUAUUGUAAGAAGAUUGGUCACCUGAUGGCUGAUUGUUUUAGACUCCAGAAGAAGAAUGAACGAGAUAUUAAGCCAAAGACCAGUGCUUGUACGACACCUUAUAUUACCAGUACAUUGGAAUGUCCUGCGCGUCAGGCUUUUAAGUCCAGUUUUUGUGAUUACAUGGAGGAAUAUAAACCCUUUAUGUCUGAUGGGUUUGUUUCUAUUGUUGAUGAUACCACUCUUCAGCCUAUUAAGAUUUUACGGGACACUGGAGCUUCUCAGUCUUUAUUGUUAGAAGGUGUGUUGCCUUUGUCCGAGAAGACUUCUGUUGGUGCCUCCAUUUUGUUACAAGGUGUAGAGUUGGGUUGUAUAGAUGUUCCUCUCCAUCGUAUUUAUCUGAAGUCAGAUUUGAUAACUGGACCAGUUGUUGUAGGUGUUCGUCCUAAUCUCCCUGUUGAGGGUGUUACAUUAUUGCUAGGAAAUGAUCUAGCUAGGAACAAAGUGGUUGCUGAACCAAUUGUUACCAGUGAACCGGUGGUGGAUGUUAAAUCACCUGAAGAUGAUGCUGAAUUGAAUAUGAUGUAA